AUGACAACGGAUGACAAAGUACUAAUAAUGUACAAGGCGGAAAUACACAAAAAAUACAGCAGACUGGUAGAGGGACUUAACGCGUGUGUGACGCAAUGGGAAACAUUUUGCAGGCAGCAGAAUUUCUUCGUCAGUACUCUAAAAAGCCCCUCAAGGUUGUCGAAGGACACCUACAUUCAUUCGACAGCAAACUCCGCACUGGUACGAAAACUCCGAGUCGGACGACACGAUGUUAAAAGCCUGUCUGACGUCAGAGUGGUGUACAUCGACUACAUCAAGAAUCCGCUGACCACCGUGAAAGCCGAGAUUCUCGCCCGAUUUUUCGUUAUUAUCGAUCGUUUGCGAGAAUACCGCGACGAACUCAAUGAGACUGUAAGUGAAAUACUAAAGCGGGUCGAUGUCUCGGACAACUGCCAGGAGAGAGUGAAUUUAGCGCAUGCGCUGAACAUUAAAUUGUUACGACUUGAAACCCUCCUAAAGGACGACAAUGAUUUCAGUUCGCUGAACAGAGAAAGACAUAAACUUGCCAUUGGUGACAUGCUGGAUUUUAGUGGGGUGAUAAGCCUUGCUCCUACGAUACACGAAACCAUACGAGUCAUUCUAAAAAUACUUCGACAGUACACCCGAUCUUUGGGUCAUGAGAGUGAGGGAGAUGGGAGUAUUGCUCCAAGUAUGAGUAACCCCUCGAAGCUUUCAGAUAGAAAGAAAACUGUAUCACUGCCACCGUUGGUUCAUUGCCCACCUGCCUCGGUCGAUGAUCAUCACGACCAGGUCCACCAGUACAAAGAUGCCGAAUCUGACAACGAACUUGACAAUGCAACUCUCAAAAAGUUCAAGAAAAAAGCGGAUCAUUCGGAAGAUCUUGACAACCAAAACGGUUAUCAUAGCAACAUGGCGGUUAAUGGCACAGAAAGGAAGAUUCCAAACAUCGAAACGCAAACAAUGAAAAUGGCUACGACAAUAAGAAGGGGUACAUCGGGAAGAAAUAAAAAUAAAGUGGCGAAAACCCACGAGGUUUCUCUUCCGCCCAUACACGAAAACGGCGUUCUGGGGAACUCGCAAGAUUCCCAUUCGGCGGGUAGCAGACGAUCUGACGUGAAACCAGCCGUAAAGAAAGGGGAAUCUCUUGUUAUGACAGAUCAAAGCUCGGAUAUUGGCAAUAGCAUCUCAUCCAUGAAGUCUGCUCCGGCAAAAUCAAUACAAGCAAGUGUAAUACAAGAUUUACAAAGAAGAGUGAAAAGUCUCGAAGACAGUAGUGCGGAUAUGAAAAUACGACAAAAACUACACAUACUGCUAACACAAGGUUUGUCUCCUACUGUUUCGCCAGAGGUCAUUCGAAUUACAAAGGACCACAUCGCAACGGAUAUGCUGAUGGUUUUCGGUCUGGCCAUUGGUCUAAACAUAGCAGACAUAGCAACACUAAGAGAAACACACCACCAGAAUAUUAAAGAAAUGGCUUCACAGAUGCUAUCACUAUGGCAACGGCAACAGGGUAAACACGGCGCAACGUUGGAGAAAUUCAUCGAGUCGCUGAUCCAGAUCGGAGAAAGAGACGUGGCUAGCGCAUGUCUAGACGACUUGCGAUUGCUUGUAUAUAGAUUGAACGAUACAAACAACCGGCACUGAGCUGGUCAUUGAUGAAAUGCUGGAUUUUAGUGGUGUAAUAAGCCUUGUUCACGCGAGAUCAUGUCAAUGGUGCUUAUGGCACGCAACACCGUGACUGAUGAAGAAAACACUGCAGCGUUGCGGCUGUUUAUUAUUGUUACCAAGGAGUGGGGUAUAUCGAUUCAGUUCACAAAUUCACAAUCCCGUCCAUGAUUGAUCCAUUCGUCCCGGAAAAAACUUGAAUGAUUGUUGUGUAUCUUUUGAUAUGGUUAAGAUAAAAUAUCAUAUUCAUCUCAUUGGUUUAA